AUGGCUGCCACUGCCGCCGACCCUGAGGCACCCCUCUCCCCAGGUGAAUUGCUCCUGAAAGGUGAGGCUGAGAAGCCUGAGAAUGAGCUAGAGGAGGAAGACAAUGGUGACAAUGAGCUAGAUGAGACCCUGUCGGAGAGACUGUGGGGUCUGACGGAGAUGUUCCCGGAGAGGGUCUGUUCCACAGCUGGAGCCACUUUUGAUCUCUCCCUCUUCAUGGCUCAAAAAAUGUACAGGUUUUCCAGGGCAGUCUUGUGGGUUGGAAUCACUUCCUUCAUGAUCCUGGUUCUUCCUGUCGUCUUUGAGACUGAGAGGUUGCAGAUGGAGCAACAGCAUCACCUGCAGUAA